AUGGCGGCGGCGCUCGCCUCCUCCCGCUGCUGCUGCAGCCGCCCGUCGCUGCCGCCCCUACCGACCCGCGGCCGCCGCUCCGUCGCCCGCUGCGCGCUCUCUGGAGGGGAGAAAAGAAACUCCUUCAGCUGGAAAGAGUGUGCAGUUUCUGUUGCAUUAUCAGUUGGACUAAUCACCGGUGCACCAACUUUUGGGCCACUGGCGUAUGCUUCUCCUCUUGAACCUGUUCUUCCAGAUUUGUCUGUUCUUAUCUCUGGACCUCCCAUUAAAGAUCCAGGUGCUUUAUUGAGAUAUGCUUUACCAAUAGAUAAUAAAGCUAUUCGUGAAGUUCAAAAGCCACUGGAGGAUAUCACCAACAGCCUCAAGGUUGCUGGUGUUAGAGCUUUGGAUUCAGUUGAAAGAAAUAUUAAGCAAGCAUCAAGAGCACUGAACAAUGGGAGAAGCUUAAUUCUUGCUGGUCUUGCUGAACCAAAAAGAGCAAAUGGAGAAGAGUUAUUGAAUAAGUUGGCUGUUGGACUUGAGGAGCUUCAAAGAAUUGUGGAGGACAGAAAUAGGGAUGCAGUAGCUCCAAAGCAGAAAGAGCUUCUCCAGUAUGUUGGAACUGUAGAAGAAGACAUGGUUGAUGGCUUUCCGUAUGAAAUACCAGAAGAGUACAGAACCAUGCCUCUUCUCAAAGGAAGAGCUACCGUGGAUAUGAAGGUUAAAAUUAAGGACAAUCCCAACAUAGAAGAUUGUGUAUUUCGGAUAGUUCUGGAUGGAUAUAAUGCUCCUGUGACUGCUGGGAACUUCGUAGAUCUGGUCGAACGGAAAUUCUAUGAUGGCAUGGAAAUCCAAAGAGCUGAUGGCUUUGUUGUUCAAACUGGAGAUCCAGAAGGACCAGCUGAGGGUUUUAUCGAUCCCAGCACUGGCAAAAUUCGUACAGUACCUCUUGAAAUAAUGGUUGAUGGUGAUAAGGCUCCUGUAUAUGGUGAAACACUUGAAGAACUUGGCCGCUACAAGGCUCAAACAAAGCUUCCUUUUAACGCUUUUGGAACAAUGGCUAUGGCUAGAGAAGAAUUUGAUGACAAUUCUGCUUCUAGUCAAGUAUUUUGGCUCUUGAAAGAGAGUGAGCUAACACCAAGCAAUGCCAAUAUAUUGGAUGGGCGCUUGCUUUGGCACUCGGCUCCUCCAACGGAAGGAAUGGAACCAGAAGAUGACGACGAUAUCCCGCACGAGUUUGACAAGACAAAUUGGUCCGAUGCAAAUACAUUUAUGUUCUCUUGUCUUGCUGUUGAUGAAAUGAGAAAGGGCAAUUCAAGUAAGGGGACAAUGACAAGGAGAGAUUAUGAUAAUUUGAGAGAUUUGUAUGAGCAACAGACUUGCCUAAAGCAUGAUCUUAGAUGUAUGAAGAAUAGAUUCAGCCAGCUCAAGGCCAUGUACAGUUCCUACAAGUGGGAACAACUACAAACAGGUGUUGGCUGCCAAGAAAAAGGAGGGAUAGAUGCACCUCUAUCUUGGUGGGAUAGGCAUACUAGGAAGAAGCCAGAGUGUAGGAAAUUCAUGUAUGGGUUGCCUAGAUUCUUUCCUCAGAUGGUUGAGCUCUUCCAGAACACUGUUGUUGAUGGCUCAACUGCCACCAUUCCUGGGCUGUCAUGCCAUGACCAAGACAGAGGGAUAGAUGAGGAUGAUGAAGAUGGUGCUGCUACUCUAGACGACUGUGGCUUACAGCCCAGUUCACCAAGUAUCACAAACAACCGCAAGAGGGCAAGCAGCACAACUGACACAUCAUCUAGUCCUAGCAAGAACAAAAAAGUUCCAGUGAAUGUUAUCAUGCAGGGGCUGGUCACUCAAUUGGAGAUUGCUGCUGAGAAUGAAGUCAAUGCAUUGGUGCGAAUAGCACAGAGCAAGAGAGGGGAAGCUACAAAAGCAAAGCAAGCUAGAGCUGAUGAUGUUGCUAGGUGCCUCAAUUUGGCUAUUGAGGCUAGGGCAGACAAAGCUUCAAAUGAAUACUUUGAUGCUACCAUGCUAUUUAGAAGGGCUGCUGCUGCUGCCCAAGUAUUUUUGUUCAUGUCAACAUUCAAUGCUCUUUUAACAUCUAUUUCUUUUGAUGACCAGGGUGCAUAUGAAGUGGGAUUUGCUGCUGGAGUGGAUGCUAGUGUAGGGGCUGAUGUUGAUGCUGGUGUAGGGGAUGCUACAGGAGGGGCUGAUGUUGAUGCUGGUGUAGGGGUUGCUGUAGGAUGGGCUGAUGUUGAUGCUGGUGUAGGGGUUGCUGCAGGAGGGGCUGAUGUUGAUGCUGGUGUAGGGACUGCUGUAGGAGGAGAUGCUACUAGACUUUCUAAUGAUGAUUGGUGGAGUACUACUGAUGAUGGUUCCCCUACUGAAGACUUAGAUGACAAGUGGAUGACUAAUGAUGAUUGGCAGAUGUUGAUGGUGAAGGGGACUUCACUAAUGAUGAGGAAGCAGUUUUGCUGA